AUGUCAAAGUGUCAAAUCCGCGUACCUAGUGGCAUUAGGAUAGAUGCCCCCCAAGGUUCAAACCUCCUCCCACCGCUCUGCUUAGCAAGCCUGGCCUCUUGCAGAUACACCAAGGCCAGGCAAACCAGUCAGUCAGCCAAGCCAGGCAGCCUACGACACCUCAGCUCGCCCCUCUGGCUUCACAUUCGUUCACAUAGUACACCAUCACACUCGAAAGAGGCGGUCAACAGCCACCACCGCGAAAUAACGACCCGGCAGCUUACAGUGCCAUCAAUGGAAUCUGCUCCAACCUUCCUCGCCCCAAUUCAAUUCGUUGUCCACAACCAUGGCUACGGCCACUCGUCAACUUCGGCUUCGCCUCCGUCCUUCGCCCUUUCGCCUUUUCAGAUUCACACCCACACGCCCCCCGGCAAUGACUCUCUCCUUCAACCACUACGAGCUACCCUGACUCGAAAUGAGGCGAACUGGAGCCUCGCCGCGAAUUGUUCCUAUGUUUACGCACUUCAACUAUGCAAAACACGUGCCAUGUCACCAUGGUGGCCUGCCCUCUCGACUACCGACAACUGGUCGAUCUGGGUCUUCAUGCAACGAAUCGCGAUGCCGGAGCACCAGCUUGCUGCAUAUGAUAAGACAAGGAAUACGACCUCCGACCUGUCCGUCUACCAGACUUUCUAUGCGUUUGGCGCAAAUACUGUUACGCCGCAGAAGGGAAAGCGAAAACCUCCAGACAGUCACUGCAGUCGAUGCGUUAUCCAACGCGUGGUAAAACCCAACCUCAUGCAGCUACCGCAUCCGAUCUUAGCGAGCCCGGCAGCGUGGUCGCUCGAGAUCGGAAUGGGGAGGAGGGGCGGGUCGACCGACGACCACGGGAGACACACGCAAUCCUUCAGUACUCAGUCUCGCUGGGCCUUGUCACCGAAUGGAGCUGAAAUCCUUUCAUCCGCCUUGGACCGAGACAGAGCCUCCUCUAAUACGAGCUCUCUAUCAAUGUCUGAAGUAGAUCAAACUGGCACUCACCCUCCGAUGCUGAGGCACGUUAAGCCGGCCUUAGUCAGCUACUACUUUACACCGAAAGGAAUGGCCACGGCGACGCUCACGGGGACGAAGUUGGAAAUGACAGCUCAUCGUCCAGACGGAAAUCUGCAGCAAUGGCGCCGGCGGACCAACAACAGCGCUCUGACAAAGGCGGGGGAGGCGGGGAAGCUCUCGGCCAGCUGGCUGGUCGGUCUUUUGCGAACAGUCGAGAAGCCAUCCUUCCAGGUCCGAGAGCGCUGCUCGCCUGCCUACGCCUGUCCAGCCAUCCAGGCUGCUAGUCAUGCGAACUCAACCCCCGCCUUUUCCCAAAGUUCUCAUCAAAGUUACCAAACCACCGCUGCGGAGGCUGCCAAGAAAAGGAUGUUUUGUUGUCACUCGCAUUGCCUGACAUUGAAUUCAUCCGGCAAGCUCGACCUCCAUAGUGUAAAGCAGGACAAGGGCGAUCCGGACAAGACAAGUCGCUCUCCGGACCCGAAGCUCCAUCGCGCCCGGAUCGAAGCCGACCACCCGAUCUCUCCACCUCGAGGCUCAACCGCCUCACACACUGUACACUGUAGGAAGACGGUGACUUUUUUCCAUCUCAUCAUCCCCCCUCGCUUCUUGAAUCAUCUAAUCAAUACCCGCACGAGGAAGUUAGGAACAGUCUUUAACUUCCAUACUCGUCCCAUGAAUUCGCUCUUGGCGCCGCCUUUCAUCGAGGACCUUGAAAGUCUACCUAGUGCGGAACAUGUUCCCCGUCUACCCCUGAAGAAAGGUCGAGAACUCGACAAUACGUCAUGUUUCCCCCCUCUCCCCCUCCGCCUUUGCAAUCUCACCACCUUUGACCAACCCCAAAGAGACAUCAUCCGGUUCUCCAAUCGCUUUGUUUCAGGAUUGCAGGGCUUGGCGAGGGGGCCGCAGCAAUUCGUCCAGACAAGAAAUAAAGAUGAAGACUGA